GCCGCGGUUAUGUGGAGGCAGCUACGGAGCCCAAAAGGGAAAGUCCGUUCCGUAAGGGCAAGGUACAUUCUGGUUGUAUGCAUAUGUUGACGGAAGAUCAGACAUGUACUUGGAGUUGGGCUCUCGUUGUCUAUGCCUCCCGCCACCAUGUUGCGGUCGAUGAAUUCCCCUCCCGACCCUCAUGACGACCACCUUCGCCAUCUUCUCGACCAACGCACAACUCGCGCUGACCUUCAUUCUCGCGUUCCCUCUCUUUCCGAGUUUUCAGACACGCCUUCAAUAUACAGUCACCCUUUUUUCUCUCCUCAGCCAGCUGACAGAGAGACCGACUCAAGCAGUCUGGCGUCGCAGUCACUAUCCCGCUCGUCGCCCAGGUCAGGCAGGGAGCGGAAUCGCAUCAACGAACUCGCAGUCAGCAUGCUUGACCGAGACGAGGACCCACGCUCGUCUUUUGCUUCUUCCUCUGUAUAUAACGAUGAAGACCAGAACGAUUACGAUGAAAAUGACGAAGAUGAUGAGCCUAUGCCUCGCAUGAGCCUUCUUGGUCCAAAGAUGCGCUUUCAUUCAAAGGCGCCAUGGGAAUUAGAUGAGGGACCAGUGAUGGAGGACGAGGCAGAGUCGGAUAGAUCUCGGGACCAACCGCAGAGCUGUUUUACCCCCGUUCAGACUCUUAAUACCGGGAAAACGAGUUUUGAAUCCAGAAGAUCUCAUGGUAAAGGCUCGUUCGAAUCGGUGUCGUCCCAAACAUCCUACUCCCGGGGACCCCUUCACGCUCUCUCUCACUCAAGUGCCUCUUCUGCUUCCCUCGGCUUCGCCGCAAAUCUUCGCGUUCCCCGCCAGAAUCUUAUAUUUCCUCAAUACAUGACGUCGGUCCCCUCGAUACGAGCUCAUCUCGUGUUCGCUCUAACCCUUCUAGACCUUCGUAUUCUUCAACUGAAGAUGACCCACAUCCUUAUUCUAAUCCUAAUCAUGCCAGGUCGGCAUCAGAACAAUCAUACGACACGUCGGAUAUUCUACCUCAUCUCGCCUUUCCUGCUGUGCCGCGCAGCGAUUCUUAUGCGACAGUUACAGAAGCUCAGUAUGGAAAGGUUUUUUCUCGCCCUGAGACACCUCAGUCAGAAAUGCCAGUCCCGCCAGCUUCUCAUAGUCCUUGCUCCAUUCAAGGAAAAGAAAUCUCCUCUCCCAUUUCUGUGCAUGGCUCGACGAUACGUCCUGUCAACAUCUCCCUUCCAAGUGAUCCUUCUAAUCUCCCAGGAUGGACUGAUAGGGGGAGCACCCCCCGCUUUUGGACUAAUUUCUUUGGAGGAGGCCAGAGCACAGAGAUCACGGACCGCUACAGCACAGGCUGCUGCAUCCACUCCUAGUGCGACAGAUCCUGCUUUUCAUUUUCCAACGAAACGAGAACAUUAACGGACAGAGCCCAAAUAGCGGUGUCGCUUCUAGGGCGAAGAGCUCGGUCCAUCAGUGCUGGUGCUCGGGCCAAACAGGCCUUCAACAACAUAGUCAGUGGAACCCCUGUUAAGGUUGAACGUCGCGAUUCAGAACCGGCUGUUGUCCUACAAUCUACAAAUUCUGCUGGCUCUUCUCCUGGAGGAAAGGGCUUGAAGCACAAGAAGAGUGGUUUCAUGAGACUUUUCAAUGGUGGAAAAGAGUCACCAGCCCCCGCCUGUGCCUUCCCUAUCUGACGGAUAUGCUGCUUUCAAUGC